AUGACGACGUUAACUGUCACCGUCCUGGUGCUCCUGCUUGUACCCUUUGCCCCAUCUUUGGCGGCACAGCUUCCAGGAGGCCAUGAUACCGAGAACAAGUCUUCCUUGCCUCCACCUCCCGUCGCCACUAAUGGCCAACCUUUCCCCUGGGUCAGAAUGAGGCUUCCUGAAACUGUGUCUCCAAUCCACUAUGACCUCCUCGUCCACCCUAACCUGACCAGCCUAGACUUCACAGGAGCUGUGCAGAUUCAACUCCAGGUCUUCGAGGACACCUCUACCAUCAUCCUCCACAGCAAGGAACUCCAGAUUGCCAAAGCUGAGCUCUUGGCACCGGAAGGUCCAGGGUCACUGCCAAUGUAUGUGCUGUAUGAUCGGGUCCCAUCUUUUUUCUACAAUGGGUUGUCAUCAAAGUUGGGGUCAAUUACAUUUAAAUGCCAGUCAAUUCAGGACGUACACUGAAAUUCUAAUUAUCUUCAAUGCUUUUCAAAGAGGACAUUUUGGAAUUUAAAUUGGAAUAUGGUUGACUUUCUGAAUUGACUGGAAUUCAAAUGGACUUGACCCCAACCCUGGUUGUCAUGCAUAUUUGUAUUGAUGCUGAUAUCUUUAUCUGUAUUGAUGGUAAAUGGAUUGAUUGUCUGUGCUUCUAUGUAGCUACAACACCAAGAGAAAUUCCUAGUAACGUUUGUUGCAUGGCGAUAAAGUGAUCUGAUUCCGAUUCUUCAAGGCCUCUGCGGGUGUUGGAGUACCCAGCUUUCCACCAGCUGGCUCUGGUGUCUGAUGUGCUGCUGGUCAGAGGUGGGGUGUACAAGGUUCGUCUGGAGUUCUCUGCCAACCUGUCCGACAGUUUCCACGGUUUCUACAAGAGCUCCUAUCGCACGACCAAAGGAGAGGUCAGGUAAGACUACGAACCAUCAGGGUUGAGGUAGCUUAGUGGUUAAGAGCGUUGUACCAGUAACCGAAAGGUCGCUGGUUCUAAUCCCCGAGCCGACUAGGUGAAAAAUCUGUCGAUGUGCCCUUGAGCAAGGCACUUAACCCUAAUUGCUCCUGUAAGUCGCUCUGGAUAAGAGCGUCUGCUAAAUGACAUAAAAUAAAUAAAAUAAAAAAAUUGACCCUGGGUAGUAUAGGUUGUCACCUAGAGCCCUGAAAACGCAUGUCAAUCAUUCUACAGUGCAUUCCAACAGAGCAUGUAGUGAAAGGGACCAACCACAUAUAGUGAUCUAAUUGUCCUGUAUUUGGAGACGAUCACUAAGAGGCAGCGAUGUAGUCAAGUCACUAAACCUCGAGUCCCAAGUCCUUGGUGUACGAGUCACGAAUCAAGUCACGAGUCCCAUGGUAGUGCCAAAAGUAGCUGCCCAACCAUUUUUUAAGCUACAUUUCAUUCCAGUGUUGCAUAUUUGUAAGGCUAAAUAGAUAAUACAGCUACUGUAUCUAACAUUUGCUGCUGUAGCUAGAAUGAUGAAUUAUGCAAAAGAUAGAGACAGUCACAACUGGUCGAGUCACGAGUCAGGAAAAUCAUGACUUGUGUCCGAGUCAAGUCCGAGUUCUUGACUCGAGUACUACAACACUGCUAAAAGGUGUGCACUAUAAUGAAUUACUCAAUCAUAAGCUUUGCAUUGCUUUUCCCUAGACCUACUGUAUAUCUAAAUUGUAAACAACAUGUUCAUUUCUGCCUCUGUUUUGUUAGGUUUAUGGCUUCCACUCAGUUUGAAGCGACCAGUGCCCGAGCAGCCUUCCCGUGUUUCGAUGAGCCGGCGUUCAAAGCCAACUUCACGAUCCAGAUACGUCGGGAGCCACGCCACAUCGCCCUCUCCAACAUGCCCAAGGUACCCUGGGAAACGCCACGGGCUGCAUCUCAAUAGUGUCUUUCUCUCCUGGUCAACUUUUCUUCACUUGAUAUACAACAGAUCUAUAAAUGGGUGAUAUAUAUAUAUAUAUAUAUAACAGAUCUAUAAACGGGUGAUAUAUAUAUAUAACAGAUCUAUAAACGGGUGAUAUAUAUAUAUAUAUAACAGAUCUAUUAACAGGUGAUAUAUAUAUAUAUAUAACAGAUCUAUAAACGGGUGAUAUAUAUAUAAACUGCUCAAAAAAAUAAAGGGAACACUUAAACAACACAAUGUAACUCCAAGUCAAUCACACUUCUGUGAAAUCAAACUGUCCACUUAGGAAGCAACACUGAUUGACAAUAAAUGUCACAUGCUGUUGUGCAAAUGGAAUAGACAACAGGUGGAAAUUAUAGGCAAUUAGCAAAACACCCCCAAUAAAGAAGUGGUUCUGCAGGUGGUGACCACAGACCACUUCUCAGUUCCUAUGCUUCCUGGCUGAUGUUUUGGUCACUUUUGAAUGCUGGCGGUGCUUUCACUCUAGUGGUAGCAUGAGACGGAGUCUACAACCCACACAAGUGGCUCAGGUAGUGCAGCUCAUCCAGGAUGGCACAUCAAUGCGAGCUGUGGCAAGAAGGUUUGCUGUGUCUGUCAGCGUAGUGUCCAGAGCAUGGAGGCACUACCAGGAGACAGGCCAGUACAUCAGGAGACGUGGAGGAGGCCGUAGGAGGGCAACAACCCAGCAGCAGGACCGCUACCUCCGCCUUUGUGCAAGGAGGAGCAGGAGGAGCACUGCCAGAGCCCUGCAAAAUGACCUCCAGCAGGCCACAAAUGUGCAUGUGUCUGCUCAAACGGUCAGAAACAGACUCCAUGAGGGUGGUAUGAGGGCCCGACGUCCACAGGUGGGGGUUGUGCUUACAGCCCAACACCGUGCAGGACGUUUGGCAUUUGCCAGAGAACACCAAGAUUGGCAAAUUCGCCACUGACGCCUGUGCUCUUCACAGAUGAAAGCAGGUUCACACUGAGCACAUGUGACAGACGUGACAGAGUCUGGAGGCGCCGUGGAGAACGUUCUGCUGCCUGCAACAUCCUCCAGCAUGACCGGUUUGGCGGUGGGUCAGUCAUGAUGUGGGGUGGCAUUUCUUUGGGGGGCCGCACAGCCCUCCAUGUGCUCGCCAGAGGUAGCCUGACUGCCAUUAGGUACCGAGAUGAGCUCCUCAGACCCCUUGUGAGACCAUAUGCUGGUGCGGUUGGCCCUGGGUUCCUCCUAAUGCAAGACAAUGCUAGACCUCAUGUGGCUGGAGUGUGUCAGCAGUUCCUGCAAGAGGAAGGCAUUGAUGCUAUGGACUGGCCCGCACGUUCCCCAGACCUGAAUCCAAUUGAGCACAUCUGGGACAUCAUGUCUCGCUCCAUCCACCAAUGCCACGUUGCACCACAGACUGUCCAGGAGUUGGCGGAUGCUUUAGUCCAGGUCUGGGAGGAGAUCCCUCAGUAGACCAUCCGCCACCUCAUCAGGAGCAUGCCCAGGCGUUGUAGGGAGGUCAUACAGGCACGUGGAGGCCACACACACUACUGAGCCUCAUUUUUACUUGUUUUAAGGACAUUACAUCAAAGUUGGAUCAGCCUGUAGUGUGGUUUUCCACUUUAAUUUUGAGGGUGACUCCAAAUCCAGACUUCCAUGGGUUGAUAAAUUUGAUUUCCAUUGAUAAUUUUUGUGUGAUUUUGUUGUCAGCACAUUCAACUAUGUAAAGAAAAAAGUUUUUAAUGAGAUUAUUUCAUUCAUUCAGAUCUAGGAUGUGUUGUUUAAGUGUUCCCUUUAUUUUUUUGAGCAGUGUAUAUAUAUAUAUAUAUAUAUAUAUAUAUAUAUAACAGAUCUAUAAACAGGUGAUAUAUAUAUAUAUAACAGAUCUAUAAACGGGUGAUAUAUAUAUAACAGAUCUAUAAACGGGUGAUAUAUAUAUAUAACAGAUCUAUAAACAGGUGAUAUAUAUAUAUAUAUAUAUAACAGAUCUAUAAACGGGUGAUAUAUAUAUAUAAGAGAUCUAUAAACGGGUGAUAUAUAUAUAUAUAUAUAUAUAUAACAGAUCUAUAAACGGGUGAUAUAACAUAUCUAUUAACAGGUGAUAUUGUCACGAUCGUCGAUAGAAGUGGACCAAGGCGCAGCGUGGAAUGCGAACAUACUUUUAUUUUUAAUGAUCACACGAACAAAACGAUACGUGACGUCCUUGGCAAUAGACACUAACCAAACACGGAACAAGAUCCCACAACACACUGUGGAAAACAGGCUGCCUAAGUAUGGUUCCCAAUCAGAGACAACAAGCAACAGCUGAUUCACGUUGCCUCUGAUUGAGAACCACACCGGCCAACAUAGAAACAAAUGAACUAGAUAAAAAACCUAGAACACAAAACACAUAGAAACAACACACCCUGGCUCAACAUAGAGUCCCAGAGCCAGGGCGUGACAGUACCCCCCCCCCAAAGGCGCGGACUGCGACCGCGCCAAACAUAAACCGAACAGGGAAGGGCAUUCCUCCUCGGAGGCGGUUCCGGCUCCGGGCUUGACCCCCACCCUCCAACAAACCCCCCAUAGCGCCCCUGGUCCGGUCUGGCCCUGCUGGCUGGAUCUGGACAUCGGUGGAGCGGAUCGCUCAGGCUCCGAUGUGGAGCAGCUUACCGGUACCUGACCAGGCACCGGUGACCCAGGCACGGGCUGUGCAGGACUGACUGACACCACAGGCUUGGUGCGGGGAGCAGGAACAGGCCGGACCGACGACGCGCACCACAGGCUUGGUGCGGGGAACAGGGACGGGCCGAACCGGGCUGACGAAGCGCACCACAGGCUUGGUGCGGGGAGCAGGGACGGGCCGGACUGGGCUGACGAUGCGCACCACAGGCUUGGUGCGGGAAGCAGGAACAGGCCGAGCCGGGCUGGCGACGCGCACCGUAGGCUUGGUGCGAGUGGCAGGAACAGGCCGGGCCGAGCUGGCGACGCGCACCCUUGGCUUGGUGCGGGGAGCAGGAAUAGGCUUGGUGCGGGAAGCAGGAAUGGGCCGGACCGGGCUGACGAUGCGCACCACAGGCUUGGUGCGGGGAGCAGGAACAGGCCGAGCCGGCUGGCGACGCGCACCGUAGGCUUGGUGCGAGUGGCAGGAACAGGCCGGGCCGAGCUGGGAACACACACCACUGGCCUUACAUGGGGAUCAGGAACGGGCCGGACCGGACUGGCUACACACCUCAGUACCUCUCGCCGUGCCUCUACAUAUUCCUUCCCUCUACUCGCCAAUGGCUCCCGUAACCCGGUGGCCUUCUCUCCUCGUCCACCAACUCGCCCCUUAUCUGCCUCCAGCAGUCCCGUCGUCUACGGUGUGAGCCCCCCCCUAAAAAUGUAUUGGGUUCGUCUCUUCCCCGUGGCUAUGGCCUCCAUGGCUCUCGCCAGACUCUCCCUCUUCUGCUCCCAAGUCCAACCUCUCUCCUCCUCCCGCGGCUUGACCCAGUCGAGGUUGAUAUCCUUUAGAGCCCUCUCUGGCGUUGGCUCCUGGACACGCUGCUUGACCCAGUCGAGGUUGAUAUUCAUUAGAGUCCUCUCUGGCGUUGGCUCCUGGACACGCUGCUUGGUCCAGUUAUGGUGGGAUCUUCUGUCACGAUCGUCGAUAGAAGUGGACCAAGGCGCAGCGUGGAAUGCGAACAUACUUUUAUUUUUAAUGAUCACACGAACAAAACAACAAAACGAUACGUGACGUCCUUGGCAAUAGACACUAACCAAACACGGAACAAGAUCCUACAACACACUGUGGAAAACAGGCUGCCUAAGUAUGGUUCCCAAUCAGAGACAACAAGCAACAGCUGAUACACGUUGCCUCUGAUUGAGAACCACACCGGCCAACGUAGAAACAAAUGAACUAGAUAAAAAACCUAGAACACAAAACACAUAGAAACAACACACCCUGGCUCAACAUAGAGUCCCAGAGCCAGGGCGUGACAGAUAUUUAACAGAUCUAUAAACAGGUGAUAUAUAUAUACAGUACCAGUCAAAAGUUUGGACACACCUACUCAUUCCAGGGUUUUUCUUUAUUUGUACUAUUUUCUACAUUGUAGAAUAAUAGUGAAGACAUCAAAACUAUGAAAUAACACAUAUGGAAUCAUGUAGUAACCUAAAAAGUGUUAAACAAAUCAAAAAUAUAUUUUAUAUUUGAGAUUCUUCAAAGUAGCCACCCUUUGCCUUGAUGACAGCUUUGCCCACUCUUGGCAUUCUCUCAACCAGCUUCAUGAGGUAAUAAUAAUAAUAUAAUAAUAUGCCAUUUAGCAGACGCUUUUAUCCAAAGCGACUUACAGUCAUGUGUGCAUACAUUUUUACAUAUGGGUGGUCCCGGGGAUCGAACCCACUACCCUGGCGUUACAAGCGCCAUGCUCUACCAAUUGAGCUACAGGUAGUCACCUGGAAUGCAUUUCAAUUAACAGGUGUGCCUUGUUAAAAGUUAAUUUGUGGAAUUUAUUUCCUUCUUAAUGCGUUUGAGCCAAUCACUUGUGUUGUAACAAGGUAGGGGGGGUAUACAGAAGAUAGCCCUAUUUGGUAAAAGACCAAGUCCAUAUUAUGGCAAGAACAGCUCAAAUAAGCAAAGAGAAACAAAAGUCCAUCAUUACUUGAAGACAUGAAGGUCAGUCAAUCCUGAAAAUUUAAAGAACGGAAAAUUCCAAGAACUUUGAAAGUUUCUUCAAGUGCAGUUGCAAAAACCAUCAAGCGCUAUGAUGAAACUGGCUCUCAUGAGGACCGCCACAGGAAAGGAAGACCCAGAGUUACCUCUGCUGCAGAGGAUAAGUUCAUUAGAGUUACCAGCCUCAGAACUUGCAGCCCAAAUAAAUGCUUCACAGAGUUCAAGUAACAGACACAUCUCAACAUCAACUUUUCAGAGGAGACUGCGUGAAUCAGGCCUUCAUGGUUGAAUUUCUGCAAAGACACCACUACUAAAGGACACCAAUAAGAAGAACAGAACUUGUUCUCAACUGGCUUACCUGGUUAAAUAAAGGUGAAAUAAAAAUUAAAAAAUUAAAAGAGACUUGCUUGGGCCAAGAAACACAAGCAAUAGACAUUAGACCAGUGGAAAUCUGUCCGUUGGUCUGAUGAGUCCAAAUUUGAGAUUUCUGGUUCCAACCGCCGUGUCUUUGUGAGACGCAGAGUAGGUGAACGGAUGAUCUCCGCAUGUGUGGUUCCCACCGUGAAGCAUGGAGGAGGAGGUGUGAUGGUGUGGGGGUGCUUUGCUGGUGACACUGUCAGUGAUUUAUUUCGAAUUCAAGGCACACUUAACCAGCAUGGCUACCUGCAGCGAUACACCAUCCCAUCUGGUUUGCGCUUAGUGGGACUAUCAUUUGUUUUUCAACAGGACAAUGACCCAACACACCUCCAGGAUGUGUUAGGGCUAUUUGACCAAGAAGGAGAGUGAUGGAGUGCUGCAUCAGAUGACCUGGCCUCCACAAUCCCCCGACCUCAACCCAAUUGAGAUGGUUUGGGAUGAGUUGGACCGCAGAGUGAAGGAAAAGCAGACAACAAGUGCUCAGCAUAUGUGGGAACUACAUCAAGACUGUUGGAAAAGCAUUCCUAGUGAAGCUGGUUGAGAGAAUGCCAAGAGUGUGCAAAGCUGUCAUCAAGGCAAAGGGUGGCUAUUUGAAGAAUCUCAAAUAUAUAAAAUAUAUUUUGAUUUGUUUAACACUUUUUUGGUUACUACAUGAUUCCAUAUGUGUUAUUUCAUAGUUUUGAUGUCUUCACUAUUAUUCUACAAUGUAGAAAAUAGUAAAAGUAAAGGAAAAACCCUUGAAUGAGUAGGUGUGUCCAAACUUUUGACUGGUACUGUAUAUAUAACAGAUCUAUAAACAGGUGAUAUAUAACAGAUCUGUAAACGGGGCAGAUGAAGGCAAAAUAAAUCCUAUCCAGUUGAAAGUUUUCACCAUGUCGCUUGCACCUGUCAAGCCCCUUUAGCUCAGCAGUGGUCAUGAGAGAAAGGAUAUGAGCAAAGAGUUCUGAAAGUCCUGUUUCUCCACAGCGAGAGGUAGGUGUCAUGAUUAACAUAUUCUCGUUCCUCUUCCUCUUCCUCUUCCCCUCCCCAGGUACAGACAGUCGAGUUACCAGGUGGUGUGCUGGAAGACCACUUUGACACCAGCGUUAGGAUGAGCACCUACCUGGUGGCCUUCAUCGUCUCUGACUUCCAGUCUGUCAGCAAGACCACCAGUCACGGAGUCAAGGUGAGCACGAUGUCACGCCUCCCCCAUUUAUCCUCUCAUUGGUCAGAAUGAAAGGUAGCUUAAGAUGCCCAACCUGCGAACAGAAAUGAAGUGCAUUGAAUAACUUUCACGUGGAAAAAAGGAGUUGUACCCUGUCUUGUUAUUCAGGUUCUAUCCGUAACCUUGUGCAUUGCUACUUCUCUGUUUCACUGAUUUAUGACUAGCUUAUACACACACAUCAUUAUAGCUCCCUAGUCCCUGCUACGUGGAAGUGCUCAACAACAUAUUUAGAUGGUUGACCUCUUCCUCUGUGUUGUCCUGUCAGAUCUCAGUGUAUGCCGUACCAGACAAGAUCAACCAGACAGAGUUUGCCCUGAAUGCCGCAGUCAGACUGUUGGACUUCUACGAUGACUACUUUGAUAUCCCGUAUCCUCUACCCAAACAGGGUGAGUAGAACACACCACACGUACACAACCGCACCACUCACCACACAUAGACUUCCUGGGUGCAUUUGGUAGCGGAAGGUGUCGCUAGCUGACAGUUUCUGCCAAUUUAUGUAUUAUGUUUAAUAAUGGUUUAUAGACAUUUUUGUAAGUAGACGUUCAAAUAAAGCAUUUCCUGAUGUAUUCCUGUGUGUUCCUCCCAGACCUGGCAGCUAUCCCAGACUUCCAGUCGGGUGCGAUGGAGAACUGGGGUCUGACCACUUACCGAGAGUCUGGGCUGCUCUUUGACCCCAACAAGAGCUCCGCCUCCGACAAGCUAGGCAUCACCAUGGUGAUCGCACAUGAGCUGGCACACCAGGUAAGUGGGACUACUCUCUUUUGGUUCAUCAAUCAGGUGCUUCAGAAAGUAUUCCACAUUUUGUUAUGUUACAGCCUGAAUUCAAAAUGGACUAAACGUAUUUUUUUCUCACUCAUCUACACACAAUACUCACAAUGACAAAGUGAAAACAUGUUUUUAGAAAUGUUAGCACAUUUUUUGAAAAUGAAAUUAGGGCUGGGCAAUAUGGUCAAAAUAUCAUAUCACGGUAUUGUUUUAAUUUAAGACGGUAUUUCACAGUAUUUUAUGUUUUUGAAUAAUACAAGUUCUAAAUGUGCUUUCUGAGUAAGUAGUGUGUGAACCUAGGGUGGCAACAUAUACAUAUUGAAGGUAACCGGUACUGGUUUCAAAAAACGAAUGGAAGUAUGAAGGGAGUUUUGUGCCUACCCCAAAAAAGGGGUUAAAUAUGUGUUAAAAAUAUAUAUAUAUAUAUAUAUUUCCAGAGUUUUUUAAAUAUCUCCUAGAUUUAUGACAGACACUUCAAAACUUUGUUUCUUAUGAUUUAUUUUUUGACUGUUCUUUUUGCCAUUUAUGAAUGUGUUUUUCAAUGCAUUUCUAUGGGCUUUAGUAGUAAAGGCCAAAAUCAAUAUUUUAUCAAAUAAUUUUUUUAUAUAUUAUUUUCUACCUAAAGGGGUCCUACAAUUCAAAAUCAAAUAGCUAAACGAUCCAUAGUAUGACCAUCUUAAAACAAUUCCAUAUGUCAGCUUAGCCCCUCCCCCAAUGUCUUAGACUAAAUAAUGAAAUGUUUUCUCUUAGCUACUUCAUGUAGCUCACGUAUUCAUGCGUCACCUAUAGUUAUUUCACUUAGAAGAUACUGUUGCACAAACAACAUGCUGAUUUAGGCCUACACAAUCACUGAUAUCAGGCUGUAUAGCUAGCUACGUUGGCUCUGACUCACUACAUUUAUUAGCUAGCUAGCCAGCUAACUAGCGAUUAGCAUUAGCGGCUAACACGACUUAGCCACAACUUGCUAAGAAAAGACGAACUAGCUGUUUGCAGAUGUAAGAAACAUAAACUAAUAGUGUAAUUAUAGAACGCUUGUGGAUGUUAUAUUAAGAAGCAAAGCGGAAACAGCAUCGUAGUCGUCAACAUUGUUGCAUGUGCUGCAUUGACCAUGCGGACUGAACGCAAGUUUCUCGUGGUCGAGCAACAACAAAUGCGCUCGUUGAGUGACAGGGGGAAGGGCUAGGUCUGUGUGGAAAGCAGUAUGGAGCGAGAGAGAGAGAGAGAGCGGAGAGAGAUCAAUCAAGUAGCGGAGUAAACUAUAACAAUAGACGGUACACAAGGCAUAUCACAUUUAACAAACCAAACAUUCAAAUACCUUUAUAGAAAGUAAAGUAAAAACUCAAACCGGUCCGUGCAUCAAUACGGGUAUAUAGUCAAAUACGGUAUACCGCCCAGCCCUAAAUAUAAAAUAUCUAAUUUACAUAAGUAUUCACACACCUGAGUCAAUACAUGUUAGAAUCACCUUUGGCAGGGAUUACAGCUGUGAGUCUUUCUGGGUAAGUCUCUAAGAGCUUUGCACACCUGGAUUGUACAGAUUUAAGUCAAAACUGUAACGGAAUGUCUUCUGUAACGGAAUGUCUUCUUGGUAAUCAACAUCAAUGGACAGUGCAUUCGGAAAGUAUUCAGACCCCUUGUCUUUUUCCACAUUUUGUUACGUUAUAGCCUUAUUCUAAAAUGGAUUAAAUGCAUUUUUUCCCUCAUCAAUCUACACACACUACCCCAUAAUGACAAAGUGAAAACAGGUUUUAAGAAAUGUUUGCACAUUUAUAAAAAUAAAAAAACUGAAAUAUCACAUUUACAUAAGUAUUCAGACCCGUUACCCAGUACUUUGUUGAAGGCCCUUUGGCAGCGAUUACAGCCUUGAGUCUUCUUGGGUAUGACGCUACGAGUUUGGCACACCUGUAUUUGGGGAUUUGUCCUGCUAAAAGGUGAAUUCAUCUCCCAAUGUCUGGUGGAAAGCAGACUGAACCAGGUUUUCCUCUAGGAUUUUGCCUGUACUCCAUUCCAUUUAUUUUUUAUCCUGAGAAACUCCACAGUCCUUAACGAUUACAAGCAUACCCAUAACAUGAUGCAGCCACCACCAUGCUUGAAAAUAUGGAGAGUGGUACUCAGUAAUGUGUUGUAUUGGAUGUUCCCCAAACAUAACACUUUUGUAUUGAGGACAAAAUGUUAAUUGCUUUGCCACAUUUUUUGCAGUAUUACUUUAGUGCCUUGUUGCAAACAGGAAUGUAUGUUUUGGAAUAUUUGUAUUCAGUACAGGCUUCCUUCUUUCCACUCUGUCAAUUAGGUUAUUAUUGUGGAGUAACUACAAUGUUGUUGAUCCAUCCUCAGUUUUCUCUUAUCACAGCCAUUAAACUCACCUUUGGCCUCAUGGUGAAAUCCCUGAGCGGUUUCCUUCCUCUCCGGCAACUGAGUUAGGAAGGAUGCCUGUAUCUUUGUACUGACUGGGUAUAUUGAUACACCAUCCAAAGUGUAAUUAAAACGUCACCAUGCUCAAAGGGAUAUUCAAUGUCAGCUUUUUUUUUUUUUUUACCCAUCUACCAAUAGGUGCCCUUAUUUGCAAGGCGUUGGAAAACCUCCAUGGUCUUUGUGGUGGAAUCUGUGUUUGAAAUUCACUUCUUGACUGAGGAACCUUACAUAUAAUUGUAUGAUUGGGGUACAGAGAUGAGGUAGUCAUAAAAAAAUCAUGUUAAACACUAUUAUUGCACACAGAGUGAGUCAAUGCAACUUAUUAUGUGACUUGUUAAGCACAUUUUUACUCCUGGACUUAUUUAGGCUUGCCAUAACAAAGGGGUUGAAUACUUAUUGACUCAAUACAUUUCAGCUUUUCAUUUUUUAUUAAUUUGUAAACAUUUAGAAAAAACAUAUUUCCACUUUGACAUUAUGGGGUAUUGUGUGUAGGUCAGUGACCAAAAAACACUAAAUUCAACCCAUUUUAAAUUCAGGCUGUAACACCAAAAUAAAUUGAAAAGGUCAAGGCGCUGUAUAUCACAUACUGUAAUAAGCACACAGUAUGUGAUAUAUUACCCUGUUAUUACCUUGUUUCUGUGCUCUAAUGUAAAGUGUUACCAGUUCUCUAGUGGUUUUGGGUAAGUUAUCUAGUACAAUGCAUUACAUUUCUUGUGAGAUGUAUGUUUUUUCACAUAGUGACUAUCCUGUCCUAAAACUACCCUGUCUCUACUCCUAUUGUUCUAGUGGGUUGGUAACCUAGUGACUAUCUUGUCCAACCCUGUUUCUCCUCCUGUUGUUCUAGUGGGUUGGUAACCUAGUGACUAUCUUGUCCAACCCUGUUUCUCCUCCUGUUGUUCUAGUGGGUUGGUAACCUAGUGACUAUCUUGUCCAACCCUGUUUCUCCUCCUGUUGUUCUAGUGGGUUGGUAACCUAGUGACUAUCUUGUCCAACCCUGUUCUUCCUCCUGUUGUUCUAGUGGGUUGGUAACCUAGUGACUAUCUUAUCCUAACCCUGUUUCUCCUCCUGUUGUUCUAGUGGGUUGGUAACCUAGUGACUAUCUUAUCCUAACCCUGUUUCUCCUCCUGUUGUUCUAGUGGGUUGGUAACCUAGUGACUAUCUUGUCCAACCCUGUUUCUCCUCCUGUUGUUCUAGUGGGUUGGUAACCUAGUGACUAUCUUGUCCAACCCUGUUUCUCCUCCUGUUGUUCUAGUGGGUUGGUAACCUAGUGACUAUCUUGUCCAACCCUGUUUCUCCUCCUGUUGUUCUAGUGGGUUGGUAACCUAGUGACUAUCUUAUCCUAACCCUGUUUCUCCUCCUGUUGUUCUAGUGGGUUGGUAACCUAGUGACUAUCUUAUCCUAACCCUGUUUCUCCUCCUGUUGUUCUAGUGGGUUGGUAACCUAGUGACUAUCUUGUCCAACCCUGUUUCUCCUCCUGUUGUUCUAGUGGGUUGGUAACCUAGUGACUAUCUUGUCCUAACCCUGUUUCUCCUCCUGUUGUUCUAGUGGUUCGGUAACCUAGUGACCAUGCAGUGGUGGAAUGACCUGUGGCUCAACGAGGGCUUCGCCAAGUUCAUGGAGUUUGUGUCGGUUAACAUCACCAACCCUGAGCUGCAAGUGGUGAGCCUCUGUUUGGUUUGGUUUCUAAUAUUCAUUUUCUGUAUUUCUUUAUUUGAUUUAAUAUGAAAUUAAAGAGUAUAGUAGAGAGUUUGUAUAGAAACAUACCUGAACAAAUACUGAGCUAGUUGAUAGGCAGGCUGCUGGAUAUAUGUGUAGGGAAAUCAGAGUUGAUGUAAUAUCACUAACUGACAAAUGACUUCUCUCUUUCUCUCUCUCUUUCUCUGUUUUCUCUCUCCCCUGUCUCUCUCUCUCCCUUUCCCUCCCCCUCUCCCUUUCCCUCCCCCCUCAGGAUGACUUCUUCCUAGGGAAGUGUUUUGAGGCGAUGGAGGUGGAUUCAUUAAGCUCCUCCCACCCCGUUUCCAGCCAAGUGGACACUCCUACUCAGAUCCAGGAGAUGUUUGACGACGUCUCCUACGAUAAGGUCAGACUCCCAUCCAUCCAAUCAACCAAGGUCUGACUCCUAUCCAUUCUAUUCACUUCAUGUUGACUAUCCGUCACACCUGGUUUCAAAUACUUCACUGUGCUUGAUUGAGCUUGCCUGUUGCAAUGGAACCAAUAGAAAAGCCCCAAAAGUGCAAACCCCCUUCACCUGAAACUCUAGGUAGGCUAAAACAAACACUCAAAGUACUUGAAAGAUUUCAAAUAGCAUUUGAACCCAGGUUUGCUACCUCUUCUGAAAGUAGUCCAGCCUAGUCAGUGAGUUGAUUUCUGUGAAUUCAUAUUUAUUCCAUCCAGGGGGCGUGUAUUCUGAACAUGCUGAGAGACUUCCUGACCCCAGAGGCCUUUAAGAUCGGUAUUGUCCGCUACCUCAGACGCUACAGCUACCAGAACACUGUCAACAGCCACCUGUGGGAGAGCCUCACCAACGUAAGUGUGUAGACAACUAACUGAGCCUCAUACCCUUUUCACACUACUGAGUCGAACCCAACCAAGCCAGUAAUGUGUGUGUGUGUCUAACAGAUCUGCCAGUCGGACGAUCUGGAUGAGGGCAGACUGAAAGACGAUGGGUUCUGUUCUCAGGGAAAGGCUCAGUCUGGCGCUCCAGUAAAGAUUCACAGACACACUAGCAAGUCCAGUCACACACUGUCACUGUCAACACCAACACAAACUGUCCAGUCACACACGUACAGUCACACACGUCCAGUCACACGUCACGUCACACCUGUCAGUUCACAGUCAACACACUGUCAAACACAGUCACAAACACACGUCACAGUCACCACACUGUCACAGUCACACACUUUCACAGUCACCACACUGUAACAGUCACCACACUGUCACAGUCAACACACUGUCACAGUCAACACACUGUCACAGUCAACACACUGUAACAGUCAACACACUGUCACAGUCAACACACUGUCACAGUCAACACACUGUCACAGUCACCACACUGUCACAGUCAACACACUGUCACAGUCAACACACUGUAACAGUCAACACACUGUCACAGUCAACACACUGUCACAGUCAACACACUGUAACAGUCACCACACUGUCACAGUCACCACACUGUCACAGUCAACACACUGUAACAGUCACCACACUGUCACAGUCACCACACUGUCACAGUCAACACAAUGUAACAGUCACCACACUGUCACAGUCAACACACUGUCACAGUCACCACACUGUAACAGUCAACACACUGUAACAGUCACCACACUGUCACAGUCACCACACUGUAACAGUCACCACACUGUAACAGUCAACACACUGUCCACACUGUACAGUCACCACACUGUCACAGUCACCACACUGUAACAGUCACCACACUGUAACAGUCAACACACUGUCACAGUCACCACACUGUCACAGUCACCACACUGUCACAGUCACCACACUGUAACAGUCACCACACUGUAACAGUCACCACACUGUCACAGUCAACACACUGUAACAGUCACCACACUGUCACAGUCACCACACUGUCACAGUCACCACACUGUAACAGUCACCACACUGUCACAGUCAACACACUGUAACAGUCACCACACUGUCACAGUCACAACACUGUCACAGUCAACACACUGUAACAGUCACCACACUGUAACAGUCACCACACUGUCACAGUCACCACACUGUAACAGUCAACACACUGUCACAGUCAACACACUGUCACAGUCAACACACUGUCACAGUCACCACACUGUCACAGUCAACACACUGUCACAGUCACCACACUGUAACAGUCACCACACUGUCACAGUCCCCACACUGUAACAGUCAACACACUGUCACAGUCAACACACUGUCACAGUCACCACACUGUCACAGUCAACACACUGUCACAGUCACCACAUAACAGUCACCACACUGUAACAGUCACCACACUGUAACAGUCACCACACUACGUCAACACUGUCAAUCACCACUGUAACAGUCACCACACUGUCACAGUCACCACACUGUCACAGUCACCACACUGUAACAGUCACCACACUGUCACAGUCAACACACUGUAACAGUCACCACACUGUAACAGUCACCACACUGUCACAGUCACCACACUGUAACAGUCACCACACUGUCACAGUCACCACACUGUCACAGUCAACACACUGUAACAGUCAACACACUGUAACAGUCACCACACUGUCACAGUCAACACACUGUCACAGUCACCACACUUGUACAGUCAACACACUGUAACAGUCACCACACUGUCACAGUCAACACACUGUCACAGUCAACACACUGUAACAGUCAACACACUGUCACAGUCAACACACUGUAACAGUCACCACACUGUCACAGUCACCACACUGUCACAGUCAACACACUGUAACAGUCACCACACUGUCACAGUCACCACACUGUCACAGUCAACACUCUGUAACAGUCACCACACUGUCACAGUCAACACACUGUCACAGUCAACACACUGUCACAGUCAACACACUGUAACAGUCACCACACUGUCACAGUCACCACACUGUAACAGUCACCACACUGUAACAGUCAACACACUGUCACAGUCACCACACUGUCACAGUCAACACACUGUCACAGUCACCACACUGUAACAGUCACCACACUGUAACAGUCACCACACUGUCACAGUCAACACGCUGUAACAGUCACCACGCUGUCACAGUCAACACACUGUCACAGUCACCACACUGUCACAUUCAGCACACUGUAACAGUCACCACACUAUCACAGUCAACACACUGUAACAGUCACCACACUGUAACAGUCACCACACUGUCACAGUCACCACACUGUACACACACUACAGUCACCACACUGUCACAGUCACCACACUGUCACAGUCACCACACUGUCACAGUCAACACACUGUCACAGUCAACACACUGUAACAGUCAACACACUCACCCUGUCACAGUCAACACACUGUCACAGUCACCACACUGUCACAGUCACCACACUGUCACAGUCAACCACACUGUACAGUCAACACACUGUCACAGUCACACACGUACGCACAACUGUCACAGUCAACACACUGUCACAGUCAACACACUGUAACAGUCACCACACUGUCACAGUCACCACAACUGUCACAGUCACCACACUGUAUAACACGUCAGCACACACUGUCACAGUCACACACUGUCACAGUCAACACAACUGUAACAGUCACCACACUGUCACAGUCACACACACUGUCACAGUCACCACACUGUAACAGUCAACACACUGUCACAGUCACCACACUGUCACAGUAAACACACUGUACCCCACUGUCACACACACUUACACAGUCACCACACUAGUCACAGUCACCACACUGUCACAGUCACAACAACACUGUCACAGUCACCACACUGUACAGUCACCACACUGUCACAGUCAACACACUGUCAGUCACACCUGUAACAUCACCACUGUCACAGUCAACACACUGUACACGUCACCACACUGUCACAGUCACACACACUGUAACAGUCACCACACUGUCACAGUCACACACUGUAACAGUCACCACACUGUCACAGUCACCACACUGUAACAGUCACCACACUGCACAGUCACCACACGUACAGCACCACACUGUCACAGUCACCACACUGCAAGUCACACUGUAACAGUCACCACACUGUCACAGUCAACACACUGUCACAGUCACCACACUGUCACAGUCACCACACUGUAACAGUCACCACACUGUAACAGUCACCACACUGUCACAGUCAACACACUGUCACAGUCAACACACUGUAACAGUCAACACACUGUAACAGUCAAUGUCUUGUGCUGUAUCCUUCCUGGCUUGCUGUAGAAGUGGUACUCAGGUGACCGUUUGUGUGUGUUUGUGUUGUAGAAGUGGUACUCAGGUGACCGUGUGUGUGUGUUUGUGUUGUAGAAGUGGUACUCAGGCGAUCAGCUGGAUGUGAGGGCCAUCAUGGACACGUGGACGCUGCAGGAGGGCUUUCCCCUGGUCACUGUAGAGGUCAGGGGUCGCCAGGUCAGACUCAGCCAGGAGAGAUACCUCAAGACUGACGACCCCUCACAGACACACGGGUAAGACAAUUCUCACUCCUUUUGUCUUUUCUGGUUUUAUUGAACAGAUGGUAGUGAGAGAGAAUGUGUCUGAGGGCAGUAGGCAGGAUUUGAACCCUCUUCGACUGUGCAGUUGGAACUAGAUAUCCAGGAAACACCAUGGUUUAAUUUCCAUUGUAGAGAUGGUGGUUCAGGCUUGGUAGUUCAGGGAUUUGUGAAUAACCAACUAAUUCCAAUAUAACCUCCUGAUCCCCCAUGCAGCUUCCUGUGGCAGGUUCCUCUAACCUAUAUCACCAGCAGCUCCAGCACAGUGCAUCGCUUCCUGCUCAAGACCAAGACAGGUAGGCGUCUCUGUCUGUGGUUUGUGGCCUAACGGUUCUAGCGUUAGUCCCGCCUGGUGACAGUAUAGUUACAGUAAACUAACUAAUUAACUCCCCUCCCCCUCUAGACGUGCUGUACCUGCCAGAGGAGGUGGGGUGGGUAAAGUUUAACGUGGAUAUGAGUGGUUACUACAUGGUCCAUUACGAGGGGGAAGGCUGGCGUUCUCUGACCUCCCUGCUGCUGACCAAUCAUAGGGCUCUGAGCUCCAACGACCGCGCCUCCCUCAUCAACAACGCCUUCCAAUUGGUCAGGUCAGUCGGUCAUCACAGUGUAUAAUAUUGUAAUAUGUAUUUUUUUUAUUGUAAUAUUAUACAAUAUUCAAUGUUGUUUUUUAUAUAUACUGAACAAAAAUAUAAACGCAACAUGCAACAAUUUCAACGAUUUUACUGAGUUCAUAUAAGGAAAUCAGUCAAUUUAAAUAAAUUCAUUAGGCCCUAAUCUAUGGAUUUCACAUGACUGGGCAGGGGCGCAGCCAUGGGUGGGCCUGGCUCCCAAGUGGGUGGGCCUAUGCCCUCCCAGGACCACCCAUGGCUGCGCCCCUGGGGAGCCAGCCCAGCCAAUCAGAAUUCAUUUUUCACCACAAACAGGCUUUAUCACAGACAUAAAUACUCCUCAGUUUCAUCAGCUGUCCGGGGGGCUGGUCUCAGACGAUCCCACAGGUGAAGAAGCCAGAUAUGGAGGUCCUGGGCUGGCGUGGUUACACGUGGUCUGCGGUUGUGAGACCGGUUGGACGUACUGCCAAAUUCUCUAAAACGACAUUGGAGGCGGCUUAUUGUAGAGAAAUUAACAUUCAAUUCUCUGGCAACAGCUCUAGUGGACAUUCGUGCAGUAAGCAUGCCAAUUGCACACUCCCUCAAAACUUGAGACAUCUGUGGCAUUGUGUUGUGUGACAAAACUGCACAUUUUAGAGUGGCCUUUUAUUGUCCCCAGCACAAGGUGCACCUGUGUAAUGACCAUGCUGUUUAAUCAGCUUCUUGAUAUGCCACACCUGUCAGGUGGGUGGAUUAUCUUGGCAAAGGAGAAAUGCUCACUAACAGGGAUGUAAAGAAAUGUGUGCACACAAUUUGAGAGAAAUAAGCUUUUUAUGUGUAUGGAACAUUUCUGGGAUCUUUUAUUUCAGCUCAUGAAACAUGGGACCAACACUUUACAUGUUGCAUUUAUAUUUUUGUUCAGUGUAUUUUUGUAUGUGAAAUUGUUGUGUUUGAGACAGUUACACUGCAUUUUUUAAACUAACUUUUCCAAAUUUUAAAUGUCUUUGUGAUUGGUUAGAUUAGUCAUGGUACGCAGGGCUGUUACGGUGACCGUAUUACCGGCACACCGGCAGUCACGAGUCAUGACCGCAGACACAUUCCACAUAACUCCAAAAUUGCACUCUGAUGCCGCUGAUGGUCAUUAGUAGCCUACCAAACUUGCUAACGGCCAGUCGCUAAUGGCCUGAUACUCGGUGCUCUAUUUUCCCUCUAAUCACUUUUCCCUGUAAUCAAUCCAAAUACUAUCGAAAAUCAAAUCAAACUCUAAAUGAAAGCCCUGGCAUUCAGUUUGAGCGGACUGUUGCGCAGCGAGAGCCAGCUCCUCAUAGCUGGUUGAUGCAUUGAAUGAACCGAUGCCAAGCGUGUACAGUCUAAGGCAAGAAACAGCGCAUGCAUUUUUUUGGCGACUUUUUCAAAUCAUAGUUGCAGGCAUCAUGAUGUAGCCUAGCCCGUAGGCCUAUAUGUUUUGAUAAGGUUUGUAUCACAACUAAAGUGGCCAAAUAACUCUAGGCGUAGCAUAUAGGCCUAGGACCCAUGGAACAGGGUUGGAGAGAACAUAGAUUACUGAGCCUAGUGAAAUGGGUUCUUAUAAGCCCAGUCAUUGCGCCAAAAACAGAGUUUUGACUGGCCACUAUUUGAAAGAGGAUCCCAACUUUGUCAUGCUGCUAUAUUUAUUGCUCAAUUCUUAAAAUUAAGCGCAUUAAUCCGCUUUACAACCUGUUUAGCCUACCUGGCAUAUUCAAAACGUAACCGUGGGUAACCUCCAUUCACUAUUCCAGUGCAGGCUAUGGAUGACAUGUUUUUUUUGUGGGCCAUUCUAAAUAAUUCCACACAUAUAUUAGUAGGCUAUAAGUAAAAAUCAGAUUAAAUUGAGAAUAGUCUGAUGUGUGAGAAUAUUAUCAAGCGCUUGUCAAAUUGUGAACGAGAGACUGAUGAAGUGUGUGCAGCCUGCGUAAGAAACAGAGCAGAGCGUUUCCCUUUCACGAGACUUUAUUCAAAUCAUCAUUAGAGUCGCAUCAUGCAGCCUUGUAUUAGAAAUCAAAACGACAGCUUUUGUGUCACAACUAAAGUUGCAUAAAUAACUGUAAAUGAAGCGUAUAGUAGGACCUGUUUCAAAUGAUCACUUUAACCGCUCAACACAGAAUAACCGCAUAUGUGCGCACUCCCUCUGAAAUUAUUUGGGGAAAAUAUCCUUUCUGUUUUAUUCAGCUAUGUUCAAAUUGUAUUCUUUUUCUAUAAAAUAAUGGGAAUUAUAAGCAAAUCUUGUCUGCUAAAUGAACUAGUGUAGCCCACAGCCAUAUGGCAUAGCCAGAUCAGGACCUAACAUAAGGACGACUCAGAGUAUGCUAUUCUGUUCUUUUGAAAUAGACUACAUUUUAUUCAUAUCAUAAUAAUAAAUAAAUAAAUAAUGGAUUCAUUGUGAUGGUGUAGGCUAUAUUAAAUGGAUUUAUUAGAAUUUUUUAAUGUACUGUAGAUGUUCAAAAGGUCCGCAUCAGUGGCUUGUGGGGAAGCCCAGCGAUGCUAAACGUGUUUAUAUUAAUUAACGGUCAAUUACCGUGAGACCGGCAGUUAUUUGCACGACAAUCACAGGCUGACAAUUUCAUGACCGCUACAACCCUAAUGGUACGCAGUCAAAACAUUUUUAUUUUUAUUGGUUAGGUUAGACUUGGUACGCAUUAAAAAUGUCUUCAGAUGAGUGGGUUGAGUGAGCUUGUCUGUGUCCCCCAGUGUGGGUAAGGUAGGACUGGACACAGCCCUGGACCUGUCUCUGUAUCUGUCCAAGGAGACAGACAUCAUGCCUGUCACUCAGGGUCUGGGUGAGCUGGUUCCUCUCUACAAGCUAAUGGAGAAGAGAGACAUGGAGGGUCUGGAGAACCAGAUGAAGGUAAGAGAGUCCGGUUCCUCUUGAGGUUUCUUCCUUCCAGAGUUUUUUGACAGAGCUUUGUCACUGUGCUUCUGCUUGCUCUUUGGGGUCUAGGCCCGGGUUUCUGUAUAAGCACUUUGUGACAACUGUUGAUGUAAAAAGAGCUUUAUCAAUACAUUUGAUUGAUUGAGUAGAGAUAAAAUAUCUGUUUGUCAGGGCUACAUCGUGGAGCUGUUCCGGGGUUUGAUAGACCGUCAGACGUGGAGUGACGAGGGGUCUGUUUCCCAGAGGGUUCUAAGGAGCUACCUGCUGCUGUUCGGCUCUGUCAGGAACCACCCCCCCUGUGUCGCUACCGCCACACACCUCUUCAACAAGUGGAGGACCUCCGACGGCAACAUGAGGUCAGAGGUCAAACCAUUCAAUUCAAUUAAAUAAACAUUUUUAAUCCCAGAGAGGCAGUUAUUGCGGGGAUCACUAGGAGUCAAGUAAACACCUACAUGACAACGUCUACCUCAUUAUUAACCGUUAUACAAUGGGUGGGUCUAAUCCUGAAUGCUGAUUGGUUAAAACCACAUUAUUUAGGCCUCUGUAUGAUAACCCCUCUUAACGUGGACAUCUCUGUCUAGAUUCCAAAAAUCGUAUAUCCCUUGUCUCCUUUCCAUUUUGACCUCUGAAGGGACUUGACAGGUGCAAGUAAACCUCUGUCCAGUCCUUACAGCUAUCCGUUGUCCUGAAGGGAAAGAGAGAAGAGACGGAGACCAUGCUAGAGUGUUGGGAUAUUGCUUCAGCUCAAUCCCCUCUCUCUCUCUUCUUCCUCAGUCUCCCCAGUGAUGUCAGCUUGGCGGUGUUUGCCAUUGGUGCUCGUGACCCCGAGGGGUGGGACUUCCUCUUUGAGAAGUACCGCCAUUCGCUGCACACAUCUGUCAAGAGCCGCAUCAAGUCUGCCCUGUCCAUCAGCCCUCUGCAACACAAGCUACAGCGGUGGGUUAACAUCUCUCCUGCUUACAGCACUCAGAACUAUCUCUCCUCUGUUUUCUCUUUCUUCCUCUCAGCUCAGCUAUUUAUACUGGGCACCGUGUAGCUCAGUUGGUAGAGCAUGGUGCUUGCAACGCCAGGGUUGUGGGUUCAAAUCCCACGGGGGGCCAGUAUGAAAAAAGAAAAAAAAAUUAUGCACUGGAUCUUAGCGUCUGCUAAAUGACUAAAACAUUUCAAUAUUUUCUUGCUGCUCUGUAUUGCAUAAAAAAUGCUAAACGUCUAAGCCUUUGGGGUGGGGUCACACCAUGGAUCAUUUAUCAAAUUUAGGACCCCUGAAAGUAUCAAGAAACUAGAAUUUGGGCUUUACUACUAAAGCUCGUAGAAACACAUUGAAUAACAUUCAUAAAUGGAAAAACAGACAGUAAAAAAAAAAAAAAACAUAAGGAUAUUGUCUGCCCUAUAUCUAGGAGAUAUACGAAACAUCAGGAAAUAUUUAGUUUUUUCACACAUUUAACCCCUUUUUAUGUUGGCACAAAACUACCUUCAUACUUCCAUAAAUGUUUUAAACUGGUACAAGGUUACCUUCAGACAAGUCCCGUGACAGUUAUGGUCAGCAAAACGGAAAAUGCCAUCGUGUUUGUGAGAAUCUCCCCUUUCCACAGUGGGGUCACGUUAGUUUGUAGCCCAAACGGUCCGGACGCUACAAACAGAAGUUGGCACAUUGACGGUACCAACUUCAGACGAGUCCUGUGGGGUUUGUGGGGGUCAUAGAGCAAAACUGAGAACACCAUUGUGUUCGUGAGAGUCUCACCGUUACGUGACGCUAUGUUUUCAUGAGAAUACCAUUUUUUGGGAGGUCUCCUGGUCUGACAAACAGUGAUUUAGCUUUGCCACUUUCCACCGCAGAUGCGGAAGGCCGACAUAGGUGGAUGCGGUGGAUUGAGACACAGCCCAUGCAAAAAAAAACAGAUACACUACAUGGCCAAAAGUAUGUUGCCAAACAUCUAAUUCCAAAAUCAUGGGCAUUAAUAUGGAGUUGGUCCCCCUUUUGCUGCUAUAACAGCCUCCACUCUUCUGGGAAGGCUUGAUGUUGGAACAUUGCUGCAAGGACUUGCUCCAUUCAGCCACAAGAGCAUUAGUGAGGUUGGACACUAAUGUUGAGCGAUUAGGCCCGCAGUCAGCGUUCCAAUUCAUCCCAAAGGUGUUCGAUGGGGUUGAGGUCAGGGCUCUGUGCAGGCCAGUCAAGUUCUUCCACACCAAUCUCGACAAACCAUUUCUGUAUGGACCUCGCUUUAUGCACGGAGGCAUUGUGAUGCUGAAACAGGAAAGGGCCUUCCCCAAACUGUUGCCACAAAGUUGGAAGCACAGAAUCGUCUAGAAUGUCAUUGUAUGCUGUAGCGUUACGAUUUCACUUCAUUGGAACUAAGGGGCCUAGCCCCAGACCAUUAUUCCUCCUCCACCAAACUUUACAGUUGGCACUAUGCAUUGGGGCAGGUAGCGUUCUCCUGGCAUCCACCAAACCACCAAAUUCGUCCGUCGGACUGCCAGAUGGUGAAGCGUGAUUCAUUACUCCAGAGAAUGCGUUUCCACUGCUCCAGAGUCCAACUCCAGCCGACGAUUGGCAUUGCGCAAUGGUGAUCUUAGGCUUGUGUGCGGCUGCUCAGCCAUGGAAAUCAAUUUCAUGAAGCUCCCGACGAACAGUUCUUGACGUUGCUUCCAGAGGCAGUUUGGACCACAGUAGUGAGUGUUGCAACCGAGGACAGACAAUCUUUACGUGCUGUGCAUUUCAGCACUUGUCGGUCCCGUUCUGUUCAACUGCCAAUGUUUUUCUACGGAGUGCUCGAUUUUAUACACCUGUCAGCAACGGGUGUGGCUGAAAUAGCUGAAACAACUAAUUUCAAGGGGUGUCCACAUACUUUUGUAUAUAUAGUGUACGUUAGGGGGAGGGAGAGAGCAGGGAGAGGAAAGGAGAAGAGAGAGAGGAGGGAGAGUGUGUCUCUAGUUUCAAUGGAUGCAUUUUGAUGGGGGUUUUGUAUUAUGUUAAUUAGAUUGAUGCACGGGUGCGUCAAUAGACUAUUAAAGCCGCACUAUGCAGAAACCGCUCCUCCCUCCUGGGUGCUAAAAUUCUAAUAAUUUCUGUUGAUGUGACAAAACAAGCAUGUAUAGUGUAGAGAGUCAUUGUACCAUCUAAACCACUGUGAAAUAUAUUUUCCAUAACCAAAAAUAUUGUAUUUUCAGCUGUUUGAAGCUGGUGUACAAAACCGAAAGUAAAAGACGCAAAAAUUAAACUUCAGAACAGGAAGCAUAGAAAUAGCGCACAUAGAACAGAUCUACCGCUUCUUAGACUUGCUUUCAAUGAGAAUGAAAGAUCUAUAACUCACAUUUCUAUGUGAAUUUGGUCGGGUCGCCCAAAAAGUUAUAUAUUGUACUGUAGCUUUAAGGAUUUAAGAUAAACAGUUAAGGACUCUCUCCCUCCCGCCUCCCCAUCUCACCCCCCCUCUCCCUCCUUUCUCCCUCCCAGGUUAAUGGAGCAGAGUCUUGCAGGCGAGGUGAUGAAGACUCAGGACCUUCCUCACGUGGUCAUCUCUGUCAGCAGGAACCCCAAAGGGUACAAGCUGGCCUGGGACUUCCUCAGACAGAACUGGCACACACUGGUGAAGAAGUGAGUCUGAUAAUCUUAUGCUGUGGUUAUAGUAGAAACCACCUUCACCGAGAUCUCCCCUCAUGGGUGUAUCUUCCGAACAGCACGCAAAGCACAAUGUUGGCUGUUAGCCUGUCCAGCACUGUGUCAAAGCUAGCGAGCAAAACCCUCCCUCUGAUUGGUUAUUACCGCAGUUGCGUUGCUGGCAAUUGGCAUAAAAAAGUUGGAACUUUCUCUUUAAGUGUCUGUUUACCCCAUGACCUUUUGACCUGUAGGUUUGACCUGGGGUCCCACUCUAUCUCAGGCAUGGUGACUGGUGUGACCAACCAGUACUCCACCAGGGAGAUGCUGGAUGAGGUAAGAGUCUGUCUACUCUGGGGUUUGAUAAUACCGCUACUAUUACCUCAUGUUACGUAGCUAAAUAGUAGUAUUGUCAGCUGUAAUAACCAUUCCACUGUCGUAGUAUUACUGGUGUGUCGGUGUGUGCUCACCCUCCGCUGUAUACAGUAGAUAUGUAGGCCUACAAAUAACUUUUAAAGAUCUAUUCUAAGCCGUCUCCAUGUCUCCUCCCACCAGGUGCGCGGGUUCUUUGACUCUCUGUCUGAGGAGACAGGUUCUGGCCUGAGGUGUAUCCAGCAGACGUACGAGAGCAUCGAGGAGAACAUCCGCUGGAUGGACAAGCACCUGCCCCAGCUACAGGCCUGGCUGGACAGACAGGCCCAGGGAGCCAGAACAGAGAGACAGGACCAUGAGGACCUAUAGACCUCGAUGUAGUACAGGCCUCUCACAGGGCAGGGAGGGGUCUAGAGCAGAGGAUGAUUAUGGCCAUGUUCGAGACCAUCAAAACUGGGAUGUAUUAUGCGUAAACUGUGACUGACUGAUCUAGAAAUAAUAUUGAGUAGUUAUUUAU